CCGGAUAUUACGUUAUCGCAACGCGUUAUUCUUGUACUCGCCACACUGACAACUGCUGCAAGAAUUACAGUGAGUUUAUUCUGUUCAUCAGUUCAUGUUGGGUGGAGGUAGGAAAGUUUCUGAAAGACUCUUCCAAUUCAGCUGUCUUGGCUGUAACAUCUCUUUCAAAACCAGCACAUUUUAUCAUAGUGCCAAGCUUCCUACUUCACAUCAUUGCUCUUUCCCAGUUUCAACUCAUUCCUUUCUCGCGUCUCCUUCGGAUUAUUCUUCUUUUCAACGCACUGUUCAACCAACAUCCUAUUUUCCUUUGAUCAGGUCAGAUAAAAUUAUUCGCUACUUUUCCUAUCUCACCCAUCCUGCUGAAGAAAUGGAUUUAAAGAAAGUGCUUGAUGUUCUAGAGCAGCUUGCUCCACUGUCUUUGGCUGAACCGUGGGAUAAUGUUGGCCUGUUGGUGGAGCCCAGCAAACCACGUCCCAUCAAAACAAUCCUGCUGACUAAUGACCUGACAGCGGCUGUUAUGGAUGAAGCUGCGAUGAUAAAUUGUGACCUGAUUAUUUCAUAUCACCCACCGCUUUUUCGACCUUUCAAGCGCUUGGUGCAGAAGGACUGGAAGCAGAAAUUGGCUGUCAGAGCAAUAGAGGGUGGCAUUGCAGUUUUUUCUCCACACACCUCAUGGGACAGCAUUAAAGGUGGUCUAAAUGAUUGGCUUGUUGAAGGAAUGGGAAGUGGGCAAGUAUCGGUAUUAAGACAAGCCUACUCUAGCGCUCAAGACAAACACAGACUUGAAUUCUCAUUGUUGAAUGAUGAAGAACUAGACAGCCUUUUGGCACAGCUCAGAUGCAUAGAGGGCAGUGAAACCUUUCAGUUAUCUACAGUAAAAAAUGAGGUUGGAGGACAGCAGGUAAAUCUAACCUGUCCAAGUUCAGCUUUAACUGCUGUUGUUCAGAAUUUGGUUUCAAAUCAACAUGCCAGCAAAUCUCUAAAUGUUACACAAGUCCAACAGCCUCCUUUGUUAGGCUGUGGUCAAGGACGACUUAGUGUUCUGCAUGAGCCGGCGGCUCUUGCUGUAGCAGUACAGAAAAUGAAAACUCAUCUUGGUUUACCCCACUUGAGACUUGCUCUGGGGGACCAGCAAACGUUAGAGUCUAUGGUGAAGACGGUUGCUGUAUGCGCAGGGUCUGGAGGUUCAGUCUUACAGGGUUCGAAAGCAGAUCUCUACAUCACAGGUGAGAUGUCCCAUCAUGAGGUUCUAGAUGCUGUUGCCAAAGGCACAAGUGUGAUUCUCAGUGACCAUAGCAACAGUGAAAGAGGCUACCUGUCCGUAUUCAAAGAGAAACUGAUGGAAAAACUGGGUCACACGGUUAGCGUAGUCAUCUCUGAAAGCGAUAGAGAUCCGCUGCAGGUAGUGUGAUGUCAUCCAGUUUUACACAGGGUGCUUGCUAUGCAUGUGUAAAUCAGAAAUCAUAAUAUUGCACUUCUAUGCAAUAACCUUCAUUUUGUAAUUGUUACAUUGCAGUUUUCCUACUUGCCAUCAUAAAAAAAAUCUAUUUAUAGUUCUUUUUAAAUGUACUGUAAAUGUAUUUAGUUAUCAAAUGGUAAGAAAGUGUUAAGUGUGCUUUUAAAUGUCUAAUAAACAGUAGGAGGUAGAGGGGGAGGGUGUUUUUCCAAGUAGUUUGAUAGCAGGGUGGGAUAGUCAGUCAUAACACCUGUGGCUCCCAUUGAAAACGCAGCUGCCAUGUCACUCUCCUCAUUGCACACAAGCAGCUGCACCUGAGACAGAAAUGAAAAGAUUUUGUUUUGGAUUAGAUUUACGAUUCAUGUGCAACAUUUUUUGCUUUGUGCUACAAAACAUGCUCACCUGUAUACCCCUCUUGACUAAGUGCUCCAACAAAGAUUUCCGCAUAGUCAACCUGAAUAAAGCAUCAGAAAAAGCGAUUGUAAUAUUUUUUUUGUGAGCCAUUCAAAGGAUACAAAACUCAAUAUUUAUUUUUUCCAAAAACAUCUUAUAAUGAAUUUUACAGGCAUUAAGGGCUAAGAAGAGCACUGCUUACUUCUGAAGUAAAUACACUACAAAUCUUUUCUUAAGAAUGGCUUCCUCUGGAAUAUAAGUCCUGAAAAACACAUAAUUAUUGCAUUAGUUAUGCAAGUCAAAUGCAUUGUGUAGAUCAGUGGUUCUCAAUCCUGGUCCUGGCCUCCUCACAUUUUGUAAGUCUCCCUUAUUUAACACAGCUGAUUUAAAUCAUCAGCAGAGAUCUCAUUCAAUUGAACUGAGUCUGUCAGAUAAGAGAGAGAUACAAAAUGUAGAACAUUGGGCCUCCAGGACCAGGAGUGCGAACCUCUGGUGUAGAUAAUAGCAAUCUACUCUCAUAUGUUAUGAAAUUAGCCAACACCUCUUGAAACAUUUUAAAGAAACUCAGUCUUUGUAACUUAUCAAAUCUCGAUUCUUCCCAGUUCCCACAAUUUCAACUGUUUGCAGAUAAUAUAGACCAACCUGUUGAUAAUUCUGGGCAGGUAGAACAGCAGUAGACUUUCACCCAGAGGCACAAAGGGGAGGAGGCCGGUAUAAAAGAGCAAUAAAAGCACUGCUCCACGCCAUAUAGUAAACAUGUAGGGCAUGUGUGGGUUCUGCAAACAGAACAAAUGACACAGAAAUAAAGAAAAGAUAAGCCAAAGAUCUUGCAUGAAAGAUUUGUGUUCUCUACAAAUUUACAAAUUGGCCUCUUUCAUUUAAACACGACAGUCUAUUAGUAUAUGAGUGAAGAUUGUAAUGCUCAAUAAUGUCAGAGAAAAAAAACUGUUGCCGUACCUCCUUUUGACAAUUAUCCAUUAUUUUUGAUUCUUCAGAAGCCCAAAUUGUAAUACCAUCUCUUCCAUACUGUUUUACAAGACUAGAGACCUAUAACAACAGAAAAGAGUGAAACCAGAUUAAUUUCAUCUACAUAACUAAGCACAAAAGAGUUUAGAAAAUUUGACCAUUUAUCUGGCUCAACAUCUUGCAACCAAUCAUUGUCCUCUGAUUUAAGGGUUAUGGAUUAAAGGCAUAUUUAAAACAUGACAUGAUUUAGCCAAAUAGGACAUUUUCAUUAAUCAGUGCUGCACUGUUAAUUUUAAAACAACAGUUUAUAUAAAAAAAAAACAUGGGCCAAAUCUUUUUUCUUACUGUCAGAGAAAAUGGUCAAAAAAUGUCUGUGGCGGUACCCUUUCAAAAAGUAAAUUUUGGCAUCUAAAGUGGUCAUAUUACUCACAGGUACAUAAUGGUACCAAAUGUACAUAUAUGUCUACAUACAGUAAAUGAUACAUACACUUUAAAAAAUGUUGGUUUAUUUUUUAACCCACUGUCAAAACUAAAGGUACAAAUCUGUUACUGGGGCAGUACCCUUUAAAAAAGGUCAUAAUAUGUACCAUUUAGGUACAAAUAUGUAUCUUUGAACUGCCAGUAUGUACCUUUUGAAGUACUAAUAUGCACUCUUUGGGUACAAAGAUGUACCUUUUUAAAGGGUACUGUCACAUUGACAACUUUUGUACUUAUAUUUCUGAGAGUGCAGCGUUGUGUUGAAAACGACCCAACCCUUUGGGAUGUAUUUUAAUUUGUGCUAGGUUGUUUCAAGCCUAAAUGCUGGGUUGUUUAACCCAUUGUUGGGUCAAACAUAAACAUUUUCUGGUUAAUUUAACUCAACACUGUGUUGAAAAAAAAACCAGCAUUUUUUUUUAGAAUUCAUGUACCAUUCACUGUACAGAUACAUUUGGUACCAGUAUGUACCUCUGAGGUACUAGUAUGACCUCUUUAGAUAUAAAGGUGUACUUUUUGAAAACAUACCCCCAGUGACAGCUGGGGACCAUUUUUAACUUGGUCUAAUACAUCAGAGUAAUAUGAUAGAUAAUAAUUUUACUCCAACCUCAGCUUUAAGCAUAAUCCUAAAAUCCUGUCAGUUGAUGAUAAUGUUUUUAUCCGAAAGAAGGAUGCUGAUCCAGAAACAUGUCGUACUUGAUUAAAUCUCUUUACAUAUCAGCUAGGUAAAUGGGGGUUUACCUUUUUAAUAAGCAAUCCAUUGUCUUCUUUGAUUUCAAGUAUCAUUGGCAUGUUAGGAAAUUUUUUGAAGACAUCUUCAAGUAAUGCAAACCUUCUGUCCUUUCCUGAACUGUAGUGUCCUAACCGAAACAUGUGCAGUAGUAGUAACUUUUUAACUUUUUCUAUAAAUCAAUAUUUAAAAUCAUGUAAACUGUAAAAAAUAAUUCAGUGGCUUUGUAAAUAUCACUAAAAUAAAUGAUUAAAAUAACUUAAUAAAAUCUCUUUAUGUCACUAAGUUGAUUUUUUUGAG